CACAAUGGAUUCUAGAUGUUUGUUUGUUUUAAAUUGUCCGUUAUUGUUAGUAAAUCACCUGAAAUCCGCACACCUGUCUCACCUGGCCUGUAUCAGGUGGAUCAAUUAACUCUACCCACAACCCCCUGCGCGCGACACUGUGGGAGGAAGAAGCAAAUAUGGCGACUGAACGCGGGCAAAAUUUCUCAGUUUAGGACCAACAGGGUGCCGGAAAUUCACGAUUCUUCGCACGCAGAGUCGACCUCUACAGGCGCACAUGAGGGGCGGCCACCAUCGCCUCUCCAACAAGUGAUGGAACAGUUUGGUUCGUUAUCUUACGGGGCCGGUGUUGAGCGAGUCGGCGGGCGCACUCAGUCCCACAUCCCGGCUGCCUCGCCCUCUCUUACCACAGUCGAGGGCCUGCCAGAGGCCGAGUUCGACGGCAACUUUCUCCCUCCCGACAUUUCGACGACUUUCCAGGACCCCGACACUGGGUCCAACAAGGUGUCCCAACCCCAGAACAUCCCUCCUUACACGCUAGAAAACGGCGACAACUCCAGAGAACAGCCGUCUUCGGCCGAGAGUGGAGACUCAAGAAAGAUGACUAAAGGCUCAGAUGAGAGUAACUCUGGGUCAGAGGACAGCAACGAUGAGGACCAAUCAAAAUCCGGCUCCAGCUCCAGCAGCCAAUCAGGAAGCAGCUCCGACUCCGGCAGCCAAUCAGAAUCAGAGUCCAAGUCCGGGUCAGGGUCCGGGUCCAGUUCUCAGAGCGGGUCUGGAAAUGAGAGUACCAAGGGGGAUAAUCAGGAGGAGGAGGAGGAGGAUGGAGAUGAAUCGAAUGAUCAAGCCACUGAUAAUAAGGACCAAGCUGGCAAGAUGCCCAAGAAGGACAGACUUGCCGAUCUCAAACAGAUGUGGGAUGAGUAUCCGGACAUGUACGGUGUGCGCCGGUCCAGCCGCGCCCGGAAGGAACCCAGCAGAUAUAAUGAGUCUGAUGAAGAUAACGAGGAUGAAGACGAUGAUGAAGAUCACCGCAAAAGAAGAAAAAACAUAUCAGCAAAAUCCAGAAGAAAAAGAAAAUCGAGUGAAAACUGGGAGGCAAACAGUGACAGUGAUGGUGAUGACGAUGAUGAUGAUGAUGAUGAUAACGACUCCGGCAGCAGUGAUGACUACACAGUGAAGAGACGAGCCAAACCCGCGGCCAGGCCCGCAGCACGCCCGCAGGCCAGGGUCAGAGGGAAAGCCCCCAUCAAGGGGAAGUCGGCUGCCAACAAUCAGGGGCGGAAGCGCGCCGGCAGUCUGAGCGAGCGGGAGCAGAAAAGACUCUCCAGGAGAAAAGCUGCUGCUAAUGUCAGUUACAAAGAGGAGAGUCCGGAUGCGACCGACUCGGAUGAUCUGAUGGAGAUCGCUGCAAAGGAGGAGGAGAAUGAUGAUGCUGAGGCCAUCGAGCGGGUUCUGAACCACAGGACCGGCAAGAAAGGGAGCACUGGUGCAAUAACGACGAUGUACGCUGCUGACGCGGCCGUGGCGAACAAGCCUCCCGACCCGGAAGCAGACGAGACGGAGACCCAGUACCUGAUCAAGUGGAAGGACUGGUCUCACCUGCACAACACCUGGGAGUCAGAGGCCACCCUGGCAGAGCAGAAGGUCAAGGGCAUCAAGAAGCUGGAGAACUACAUGAAGAAGAAGAACGACCUUCAACAGUGGAAGGACCAGGCAUCCCCAGAGGACCUGGAGUACCUUGAGUGCCAGUCGGAGAUGAACGAAGACCUCCUGAGUGCCUACCAGCAGGUGGAGAGAAUCAUAGGUAUGGCGUAUCCCGCCGCCCCGCCGGCGUAUCCCGCCGCCCCACAGCCGCUUGAGCAUGGCACGCAAUCCCACAGGAGCAAGACCUCAGGUGGGAGAGUGUCACGUAACGAGGGGGCUCCUGCUCAACAGCCAGCGAAGAACUCUGCGUCGGGGUUUCCCGACUAUCUAGUGAAGUGGCAGGGGCUCCCGUACUCCGAGUGCUCGUGGGAGGAUGGAGAGCUCAUCUCCAUGUAUUUCCCCGACGCCGUCGACGGCUACAACGUCAGGAACAAGUCCCAGAAAAUCCCGGGCAAGAUGACCGCAAAGGUCCUUAAGCAGAGACCCAGAUUUGUUGCCCUUAAGAAGCAGCCCCUGUACCUUGGAGGAACGGAGAGGCUGGAGCUGAGAGACUACCAGCUGGAUGGGCUGAACUGGCUGGCGCACUCCUGGUGCAAGUACGCACUAUUUCUCCUGGCGGACGUCAUGAGCAGGAACAAGGUGAGUUUGUUUGUUUGUUUGUUUGUUUGUCAGUGUUCUGUUCGGCCCCUUGUGCUGCUAUCCACCAUGGCAGCCUGGCAGCGGGAGUUCAGCAACUGGGCACCGGACAUGAACGUCAUCGUCUACCUGGGGGACGUCAUGAGCAGGAACAAGAUCAGAGAGUAUGAGUGGUGCCAUCCUGGCAACAAGAAGCUCAAAUUCAACUGUCUGCUGACCACCUAUGAGAUCCUUCUCAAGGAUAAGUCGUUCCUGGGCGGAGUAGAGUGGGCGUGUCUAGUCGUUGACGAGGCCCACAGACUUAAGAACGAUGACUCCCUCCUGUACAAGACUCUGAAGGGCUUCGACUCCAACCACAGACUCCUCAUCACAGGCACACCUCUGCAGAACUCGCUCAAGGAGCUUUGGGCUCUGCUCUUCUUCAUCAUGCCAGCCAGAUUCCUGAAGUGGGAGGAGUUUGAGGAGGAGCACCAGAACGCGGAUAAGAACGGUUACGCCGGCCUGCACAAGGAGCUGGAGCCUUUCCUCCUCAGGAGGGUCAAGAAGGACGUGGAGAAGUCUCUACCCGCCAAGGUCGAGCAGAUCCUCAGGGUCGAGAUGUCAGCCAUACAGAAACAGUUCUACAGGUGGAUCCUGACAAAGAACUACAAGGCUCUGACCAAGGGGAUGAAGGGGAACACCAGCAGCUUCCUUAACAUCAUGAUGGAGCUCAAGAAGUGCUGCAACCACUCCUUCCUGGUCAGACCACCCGAGGACCCGCCGCCUGGGCAGAGUCUCGUCACGCAACUGCUGAGGAGUAGCGGGAAGCUGUUCCUGUUGGACAAGCUGCUGGUUCGGCUGAGAGACACCGGCCAUCGGGUGCUGAUCUUCUCCCAGAUGGUUCGCAUGCUGGACAUCCUGGCAGAGUACCUCACCAUGAGACACUUCCCUUUCCAGAGACUGGACGGUUCCAUCAAGGGUGAGAUAAGAAGACAGGCGCUGGACCACUUCAACGCUGAAGGGUCGCAGGACUUCUGUUUCCUGUUGUCGACGCGAGCUGGCGGGUUGGGGAUCAACCUUGCCACGGCUGACACCGUCAUCAUCUUCGACUCAGACUGGAACCCACAGAACGACAUCCAGGCGCAGUCCAGGGCACACAGGAUAGGACAGAGGAAACAGGUUAACAUCUACCGGCUGGUGACCAAAGGCAGUGUUGAGGAGGACAUCAUCGAGAGAGCGAAGAAGAAGAUGGUGCUUGACCACCUGGUGAUACAGAGGAUGGACACCUCAGGCAGGACCGUCCUCUCCAAGUCUUCCGCUCCGGGCAGCACCUCCACCCCAUUCAACAAGGAAGAGCUGUCUGCUAUCCUCAAGUUUGGUGCUGAGGAACUUUUCAAGGAGAACGAAGGGGAGGAGGAGGAAAUGCCUGAGAUGGACAUUGACGACAUCCUGCGGCGUGCGGAGACAGCGGAGAUGGUGGAUGACGCAGGGGCGGGGCACGAGCUGCUGUCACAGUUCAAGGUCGCGAACUUCUCGACUAUGGAGGAGGAGCUUCCAGAGGCUGCUGGGAAGACGUGGGAGGACAUCAUACCGGCAGCCGAUAGGCAGAAGGUCGAUGAUGAGGAGAAACAACGGGAACUCAUUGAGAUGCACCUGCCGCCCAGGCAGAGGAAGUUUGUCACUAAGCUCCAGUACGGCAGCGAAUCGGAAGGCUCGACACGUCGCGGCAGGAAGAGAAAACGCGCGUCCUCCAGCAGCGAGAGUGACUCAGACUCUGAUGCAGACGCCAAACCUCGCAAGCGGGGCCGGCCUAGGACGGUGCCCAGGGACACCAUCAAGGGAUUCUCCGAUCCAGAAGUCAGGAGAUUUGUGAAGAGCUACAAGAAGUUUGGUAUGCCUCUGACAAGGUUAGAGGCUAUAGCAGGCGAUGCUGAGCUACAGGAGAAGUCGUACGCGGACCUGAAGCGGCUGGGAGACCUGCUGCAUGAUGGCUGCGUCAAGGCUAUCGAGGAAUACGAAAAACAGAUGAAGGAGAAUCCCGAGUUCGAUGGAAAGAAGCGCGGCCCAACACUAAAGCUCUCCACGGUGACGGUGAACGCUCCCUCCAUCCUCCGGCACGAGGAGGAGAUGCUCCCGCUCGCCAAGGCGAUACCCGACGACCCAGAGGACCGCAAGAAGUUCCGCCUGCCGUGCCGGGCGAAGCUGGCGCACUGGGACGUCGACUGGGCCGUGGAGGAGGAUUCGGCUCUGCUGGUGGGGAUAUACGAGUACGGGAUGGGCAGCUGGGACACUGUGCAGAUGGAUCCAGAGCUGAACCUAUCGGAUAAGAUUCUCCUGGAUGAGGAUAAGAAGCCCCAGGCCAAACAUCUCCAGUCCCGAGCCGAGUACCUCAUCAGGCUGCUCAACAAGGACCAGCUCAAGAAGGAGGCCUUAGCGGAAGGAAAGGUCAUUAAGAAGGAAAGAAGACCGAGGAUGCCCAAGCAGCCCAAAGACCCCACCACCGUGAAAAGACCCAAGGCCAAAGUCAAGUUCGUGGAGAGGAAAGAGAACGAGGCGCCCUUGGACGAGCCUAACUUGGACUCCGAGGAACAUCGGGAGCCUCUAGAGGAAGGGGAGGUGGAGGACAGCAACGACAAAACCGACAUCAAGGAACCGGUCGUCAAAAAAGUCAAGAGGGCCAAGAAACCCAAAACACCCAAGAUUGUUAAAGAGCCUUCCAGCAAAACUACUCCAGCUAAACCCAAGGACAAGAACAAGAAGGACCCCCUCAACGCUGACCUUGAUCCUGACGCAUCACAUUCCGUGUUAGAGGACAUGGAUGAUCUCGACAAAGAAACAUUCAACAUGUGCAAGGAGAGGAUGAGACCCGUAAAAAAGGCACUGAAACAGCUGGACAAGCCUGAAGAGGGCCUUACAGAGGAGGAGCAGCUAAACCACACCCGGCAGUGCCUCCUGAAAAUAGGCGACCGCAUCAUGGAGUGCCUGAAGGAAUGGACAGAAGCCGAGGAGGUCAAGAAGUGGAGAAACAAUCUGUGGAUAUUUGUGUCCAAGUUCACCGAGUUCGACGCCAGAAAACUCUUCAAACUAUACAAACAUGCUGUCAAAAAGAGGGAGGAGGAGAAAGAGAAGCAGACCAAAGAAAAGCCGAAGCCGGCGGCGAGUUCCAACUCCAGUGUGGUGAAGAAGGAAGGGUCGGACAGCCAGCACGCACACGGGGCGGGGAAGAGACCCCAGGGGAGCUCCGAAAGGACCUCAGGGUGGGGCAGCGACUCCGCCAGCAGGGACAGUUUCACAAGUAACGGCCCCUGGCCCGGCACCAGCGCCAGCUCGAGUUACGGCCACACAGCGGGCAGGAGUGGCGCAGGGGGCGGGGCGGACAGGUGGGGGCACGACAGGUACCAGCCCGGCAGGGACCCCUUCAGGGAAAGGCACCGUGGGGAGGUCAGCAGUGCGUACAACCGGACGGGUUCCCGUGAUUACGAUUCCCAUCGGACGCGAGACUCGCGGUACAACGCGGAACACCGGUGGGACCGCGAUCGGGACAGGGACAGAGAGAGGGACCAUCGGGACAGGGAUCGGGGCGAUCGGGACUACCGAUCAUCGCGGGACCAUCGAGAUUCGCGGGAUUCGUCCCGGGGUGACUCCUCUUCGCGGCACCACCGCGCAGGGAACAAGGAGGACGGCGGUAGCUCCCACCGGAGCGCGCGACCGGAUUCCUCGGGGGAGCGUGAUCAGAGGUUGCACCAUUCUCAGUCGGACCACAAACGCAGGAAAAGGGACGAUUCCUGGUCGUCUGCGGACGACAAGAAGAAGCGGAAAGAUGGCGGCCACGGCGGGGGUGGCGUGCACAGGUCCAGCACACAGGAGCACAGAUCCAGGGAGGACACGAAGGACCACAGGGCCUUGAUAGAACACCGCUCCCCUCUGGAGCACAGGUCGCCCUUAGAACACAGGUCUCCGCUCGACCACGGGGACAGAAGUAACGAAAGAACAGACUCCAGACACUGACAGCAAGGAGACUUUCGUCAUUCAAGGAUGAUCCUUACUUAGUGAAAAUAUGUUGCACCAGAGGAAAAAAACUUUUCGUGGACACGAGACCAAUUUUCGAAUAGAGUAUCGCAAAUAAACUAUUUGUAUGAUUGUUACGAUGGCCGUUGUAAAUAAGGAAGAGGAUAACUUAAAAUUUACAGGUUCCGAUGCUUGUAUUUAUGCCCCUCUGAUGUUAAAUAGUCGUGACGAAGCGAGUCUCAGCGCAGACGAAUCUCCCAGUGGCAAUGAAAACAGUUCCUCAGCAUUAAGCUUGCUAAGGAUGAAGUCGUGAGGCCAUAUUUUAUAGGCAGGCAUCAUGUGACGGCACAGUUAUAUAUUUAUAUGCCGUUAGAUGUCGUGUCACGCUCUCACAAGGCAUGCAACAAGUGUUACGUCGACUGACUGCUUCAGAGGCAGAUAUUUCUGGAGGAUGGACAGUACUUGUUGAUGCGCUCCCGUGUGCAUCCGUGUCAGAAAAGUGAUUAUAAUAAAGAAUUUUUUCCAGUCCGCAA